GCGCUCGACGACUCCUCAAAUCGCCCCCCCCCCCCCCCCCCCCCCCCGGGACCAGAGGUGCAAUUUCAAGUCUCAUAUCUGAGUUUUUUGUACGAGACAUUCGGCUCAUGUCACUGGAAUCCCCGGUUUUCAAGCGGUCCUGCGUCUCUUGUGGGCGGUUGACCCCAAAAUUCCGACGAGACAAGGUGCUUUGAAGCAGGCUUGCUGGGCCUUGACUUUUCUUGGUCUUGAAGCGAAAGCUGCCCCGGUUGGUGUGCCGUCAUCCAUGGUCAACUUGGGCUUGGACAUUGAAUCUCACUUGGCUAGUUUCAAGUCCUUCAGGAGGCUAGCUUAUCGCAAUGCUGACAUGGCCGAGCCGUGGAUGGAGGAGGCAUGUCGACUACGAGGCAGCGAACUUGCUCGAGCAGACCGGCUCAGAGGCUUGAGCGUCCGUGUUGCCGAUCGAGUACGCGUUUUUGAGCUGUCGACCGGCUUCGUUGGUUUGGUGCCCUUGGCCAUGGAAGCAGGGGAUAUUGCCUGCGUACUUUACGGCUACGGUAUGCCGGUCAUUUUGAGGCCCGCUAAUGACCACUAUCGGUGCGUGCUAUAUCGUGGACCUGAGAAGCGAGGCUGGCUUAAAGUUGAUCGAAGAGCGCGUGGCGGAUGUGGAGCGGUUCGAGCUGCGGUAUCACGAACCUCGCCACGCAGCUCCUCCGUGACAAUCUCACUCUUUGGACAUCUUCGAACAACGAUGAGCCGCAGCUUCAGGCUGGGGGUGCAGAAAAGGAGGUUGCGGCAGAGGGCAUAAAUGAUUGAUACGGACAAGGCCGAGUUAGAUGUGGC